UAUGACUGUGCUUGUACGCGUAUCCAACAAAAAUUAAACUUUCAUGGCUUUCAAAAGAAUAUACGAGGUGACCUGUUAACCUUGACAUAGUCAAUUUCUCCGGAUCCGAGGACAUAUGAAUAGCUUCCUACCUCCUUACCUUCCUUUUCAUCUUCAAAUAUAAAUUGAGUUUAGUUUCCUCAAAUUAUUCUUCAUCGUGGAGUUCCUUAUAUUCUUGAAUUGUACUCACAGUUGAACUUGGAAAUCCCAUAUUUACUUUUUGAGCAAUUGAAUAGUUCCAUUUAUACAUAACAUUUACAAAAGCUCUAUAAUGGACGCUGCGAUUGAUCUUUCAGAUGCUUCUAAAGCUCUUGAUCUAGCCAAUAUCCGUUUCCAACUCAUGUAUUUACCACCCUGCCCCCCUUUCAACCUCCCCAUCCAUCUCUCCAAAUCGCCAGCUAACAACCCUCCAGCCGCCUCGAAGACACCAUAACCUUCCAUCUAAUCGAACGAGUCCAAUUCCCCCUCAAUCCCACAAUCUACAUUCCCGGCGCACUUCCCCUUCCCGACAGCACGCUCAGUUUCCUCGACUGGCUCCUCCGUUCCCGCGAAACCCUCGAUUCCCUCAUCCGCCGUUUCCAAUCCCCAGACGAAUAUCCCUUUUUCCCCGACGCUCUCAAAGAGCCGAUUCUCCAACCCCUUCAUUAUCCCACCAUCCUGCAUCCAAAUGAUGUAAACGUCAAUACCGAGAUUAAAGACCAUUACAUCCAGACAUUCCUCCCCAAAGCCUGUCUACAAACAGGACGUUCAGACCGCGGCGAAAGAGAAGAAAAUUAUGGAUCAGCUGCUACAUGUGAUAUCAACUGUCUACAAGCAUUAUCCCGGCGCAUACAUUUUGGGAAAUUUGUCGCCGAGAGCAAGUUUCAAGCUGAGGAAGAGGCAUUUACGAAGAUGAUACAAGCGGGAGAUCGGGAAGGAUUAGGACGCGCAAUCACGAAUGAGAAGGUUGAGUUGCAGGUAUUGGAGAGGUUGAGAUUGAAGGCUAGAACUUAUGGCACGGAUCCGAGUUUGAAUAAUGGGAAUGGAAAUGGAGAAGAACCGCAGGGCAAGAUUAAUGUAGAGGCGGUAGAGGGAUUGUAUAGGGAUUUUGUGAUUCCAUUGACUAAGGUGGUGGAAGUGGAGUAUUUGAUGCAGAGGUUAGAGAAGAAGGAUUAAAAUAGAAGAAAAACUUCAUAAAAAGAAUGAAUGGUCGGAGGUUCAUGGAAUGGCUACAGAAGAGGAAAAGUAAAAUAGAUGGACGGGAGGAUGAUCAAAAUAGAAGUAUACCCGGAUAGAUUGCAAAAUUUAGGAAGUAAAAGGUCAGAGUGGAAGACCGAUUAAAAAGAAUAUAUAAAACACUU